UGCAGCUGUACCAUCGACGGGCCUCACCUGUUCUUUUUUGUAUAAUAAUCUCUCUCUUAACGUUUUUAAUAGAACUAAUACUAAACGUAAACUAAUUAGUAAUAAUAAAUUUCUUAGCAGUAAUAAAAUUCAUACUUCUAAAAUAGGUGAAGGUCUAAGCGUAAAACAUAAAGAAAAAAAACGCUUCCUAACACUUUCUGGCUUUCAGACUUUUGCCACAGCAUGUUCUUCGGAUGCUUUGCAUAUUAACACUGAGGCCCUAUGUGAUGGUGACAAGAAAACGGAGAAACCAGUGAGAGUUGAAAAAGCACUGUCUCGGAAUUCAAGGAAGAGACGUUGCAAAGUUUUCAACAGGUAUGAUAUGCACAACGAAUCCAGAAAGUUUCCAAAGAAGAAGUGUGAUUCACAGUUUUCUCUUGCUAAAAGGAGUUGUUCUCCAGAAAAUCCAUUAAGGAUUGCAGAUAUUGUACAAAUACCUGCGAAACGAGAAUCCAUAGCAGUUUCAGAGAAUGAAUUAAGUUGCCAUAAAAUUUCACGUGUAGACAACAGUACUCAUAAGCAAAGUAAUAUUUCAAGUCCGGAUAAAAAUCUAACAACUUUCUCUUUGUGUAAGUUUGAUCCUCAUUUUUACGAUGACUGUCCAGAUGUACUAAUUCGCAGUGCAUCAUUACCGAACUGCAAAUCAGUCUCUCAUGACUGGCUUCAACCCUGGAUGUGGAAAUGUCACUCAUUGGAAGAUUGGCUGUGGUACCUUGAAGAACAGCCGUGCAGAUCACGAGAUUAUAGACAAAUUGCAAAUAUGCUUCCUGAUGAUUACAAGUUGGUUUACGUUAGUUCAACAUCAUUAUCUUCGGAAUCGGAUUCUUGUUUAUCAGAAUGUGAUUCAGACGGUGUCUCAUUUUACCAUCGCAACUAUCCUCACACUUCUGAAGUUCAUACCAAAGCUCGUUUAAAAGUUCAUUCACAUAUUAAAAUUAACUAUGGAACUUCGUAUGUAGAAGAUUCGGACUGGGAAUUAGAAUCUGAUGAAAGUGAAGAUUCAGAGUUGUUUGUUUCAAAUUUUGAUAAAAGUAUAGUUCACGUUAAUGAAGCUGAUAAUUUUAUCAUUCAACCCAAUUUAUAUCUUCAAAAAAAUAUGGAGCAUGAAAUUACUAUUCACUGUUCUUCAGAUAUUUUAAGAUCAAAAGAACAGAAAGGUAGUAUUAAAGCAUCAGUUUUCAUAAUGGCGGACAUAAAACUAACCAAUCUUUUAGAAUUUAAACAUUUCUCAAAUUUUGCUGUUCUGCAGUUUCUUUUGCAAAAACAAAAUUCAAACCCAGUGGAACUAAAAUUAAGAGAUUCAGUAUCUGUAGAAGCUAAAGUUACUGAAGCGACGUAUGACGAAGUAAUUAUUAAACCAACUCUUUUCAGUUCAAAUAACAGCUGUGGUUCUUCUUCAGCUUUGUGUGCACUGGGACUUCCGAAUUUUUUUUUGUUAGUUUCUACACUAGAUGUCGAGAGGCAUAAAUCGUACACUGAUAUAUUUUAUCCAAAUAGCUUUUCUGAAUUUCAUAUAUCUGAAAUGAAUUAUCACAGUUUUUGUAUUGCUGAACAAAUUAGUUUGUUGUAUGCUUCAUCGAAUUUUUACUGUAGUCGAGAAAUUUCCAUGCUAAAUUUUCUUUUUCGCACAUUAAACAUGUUUUGUAAAGUUAUUUGUUUGCAAGAAAAGUAUGUAGAUGUAUUCAGAUUUUGCACAUCAUACCCUUGUUAUGUUAAUAUCUCUGCAUUAGCUCAACGAUUAUCACACUUUAAUUUUUUACAUUGUUUAUUAAAAGAUAAAUGGAAUAAAAUACUUGCAGGAAAUCCCAGUAAUGCACACUUCUGUAGUUUAAUAUUGUUGUUUUCUUUAUACUCCUUUUACACGGGGAAUGAAAGGAUGUGUUUUAGCUGUAUUUCAGAAAGAUUAAAUCUGAAUUUAAACUGUGAUGAACUGGAUUUAUUUCAUAUUAGUUACAUUCAGCCUUCUGAAUAUUACACGAAUAAGAAACCACUAGAAGAAGGAGUGUGUAAUUUAAUGUGGUUUAAUGACAGAAAAGAAUCAAGGUGGUUAUAUAAACAUAUGAGACAAUACUUAAUAAAACUUUACUAUGACUUCUUCAGAAUGCGUUUUUCUGAAGCCAGUUUACUUUUUCUGUUAUCGAAGCUGCCAUUCACUCUUUCUAGAAACUGUAAUAUAAAAACACCGAGAUGUGGACCAACUAGUAUUUACUUUCUUCAUCCUGCAGAGUUUUGUAACCCUAGCUGGUUACGCGAUUGUUAUGGUAAGGUGGGGAACUUGCUGCAUCUAGGUGACGCCAACGCUUUUCAUUAUGUUUCUUUCCCCCCAUGCUGCGAUCCAACCAACCGUGGUAAUGACAAGUCUGCAACAGGUUGGGGGAAAGCGCGGUGUUGUAUUGCCGCGGCGACGCAGAGAGUCAUAGACCUUAAUCUCAGGGCAUCGGUGUGUGGACGUGAGGUACUUGAUUCGGCCGGUCUCACUUUGUACCUGGGGUGGGCCGCCGGCACCGGAGCGUUAAGCUCCGCCAAACUUGGUGCUGUAGCGAACUUAGUCAACGCCUUUUUUUAUUAUGGCCCACCUGUUACUUCUGAACCGGAAGCUGAUUAUCUGCUUACUUUGACCAUAUCAGAUCAGUGUUUAUUAUUGCAGCGAAUUCUGUAUGCAAAAGAAAAGACACGUAUGAUCGCGUCGAAAUUGGAUUAUACAGGCGUUUCUUCGUUGUAUAAUACAGAUAAUGAUAAAACAUUUUAUCCCGCGAAAAGUAACGAAGUUAUGCUGUCUCAAGAAAAUGUUUUAUCUGCUCGGAAUCUAUCGGAAUGCUGUGAUUUUAUAUCUGAUGGAGAUGAUACCCCCAGGUUAAAAGAUCUGAAAUCAGAUAUCAUAACAGAUGAGUGUUUACAAAGUUUAUCGCCAGGAACCUAUUGUGAAACUGUUAGCGAGUUUAAAUCAAUUUUAAAUUUGCCAGAAUAUGGUAGUAGUUUUGGUUUCAGUCAGUGUUCUGCUGAAGAAAUGCCUGAUGAAAUGUGUGUUGACCAAAAUGUGAGUUUUAAUUCUUGUCUUAAAUACAAUUUUAGUGAAGAUGAAACUUGUGUGACUGAAGUCGGAGAAAGAUCAGAUUCGUGUGAUUAUUUUGAUAAAUAUAUUUUGCCUUAUCUAAAAAAUAUAUUUUGUUUUGAAUUUAUUAGUGUUUCUUCUUCAUUUGAUAAAUAUGAGCUUCCUAUACAUGUGCCUAAAGCUUUUCAUAGCAUUGAUAUAAAUGAGAGGGUUGAUUGUCAAUGUAAUAAGCCAUGUGAUGUGCCUUCCUCUCCUUCUGUAGUUGAUGCUACAGUAGAGAGAACUCUAGCUGAUGAUGGAGAGGUGAUAUCCAGUGGUGAUGAGUUAGAUAAACUGGAAUCUGAUACUGAUUCUCAAGAUACUGUGAUAGAAGGUGAAGCAUAUAAGAGAAUUCGUAGUGUUGCAAUUAAAGAAAAAAUUCUUCAUGCUAAUGAAGAAUUAUUUGGAGGUGAUAUGAAAGAAACCUAUUUUGAACAUGGUAAUUCUCAUGUAUAUGCAAAUAAUCCUAGUAAUAUAAUCUGUCAUUCUACAGAUAUAUGUUUGCAUUCCAAAGAUCAUUUAUGUGAUAAUAAGACUGAGAAGCAGCAUUGUGAAGAUGCUGAACAUCGAAAUGAUAUUCCAGAAUUACCAUUGUAUUCUGAUUCAUUGGGCCAUAUUUCUCUUGAAAAGCAUUUUAAGGAUUUGAGAAAGCCAAAUUUGUGUGGUUUCUAUCCUGUUUUAUCAUUAUCUUUUAUGGAAAAGAAAAAUAAAAUUGAAUCUAAUGAAUGUAAGGAAAUUUCUGCGGAUAUGCAUUUGUCGAGUUCCUAUAAGCCAUCAUUCAAUGAAACUGUGUGUUCUUCAGAAUCUAGUGAUAAUGGAAGUGAUGGUGAAGAAGUCAUACUUAGUGAUACAUCAACAUCAUCUGAUGAAGCCACCUAUAUUGCACCAUCUGCUGGUUUCAGAUAUUACAGUCAUCCUUUAUCAUACAGACUUCAUACAAUUAUGGAAGAAAGUUGUGAAGAAAGUGAGAAAAGCUCUAGAGGUACAGUUCCUUUGUGUAGAAAAAGCGGAGAUUCUGAAUACAGUGAUAAAAUUCGAGUGUCAUCUUCCAGAAAUCCACGUAAAAUGCAUAGAAAAAAUCUAGUUGAAAAUUCAGUUUUAAAUUCUAACACAGAUUACAAAACUAGUAAAGGUUCUCCAGUCUAUGCGGUAUUAGCAACUUCACGUUUAGAAAAAUAUUUUAAAUCUGGCCUAUUGGAUAGAGAGCGUAUGUCUUAUCCUGAAGAUGAUCUAACUGAUGAAAGUGGUGGAGUGAGUAGUGACGAUGAAAUCUGUUCUGUUGGAUUUGGUAGGUUUAGUAAUCAGUCGGCAUAUGGAAAGCUGUCAGGUGAAAAGUAUCAUAAUUUGAAAAAACAUAUUCCAAUUUUAAAAGAAAAGUUUUCUCUUGAUUAUGUAAAGUCACCGAGUUUGCCUAGCUGUAAUACUUUAAGCACUUGUAAUUCUAAUCCAGAAAUUAGUACUGAAAUGUUAGGAAAAAAGUAUAGUGUAAAUGAUUUAUCCCAGAAUGUAUAUUUCAAAGAAGAGAUAUCUUAUUCUGAAGCCAAACAAAGUAAAAGUAUUGAUUAUGAUGACGAAGCAAAAUAUAUAAUGAGCCAUUUAAUGCAACAUAUAACCAGUAACACUGAUGUCAAGACUGAAGUUAUAUCAGAAAUGAAAGAUAUAUCACCUAUGUUAAAGAUUUUGGAAUCCGAAAUUGCACGUCUGAUGCUGACUGUAUCUCCAGCUUCAUUGUCAGCUGGAGAACCUAGCAGCAGUUGCAGCAGUACUCUUGGUAGUAAUAAUAGUGAUUAUGGCAGUGAUACUUUAGAAUCUGCUGAAGAAUCAACAUCUGAUGAAGAAAUAAAUUCUGAGCUUGUGUCUGAAAAUAGAGAUGUGCUAGAUCUUUCUUCCCAGACUGAUUCUGUUCCAACAUCUGCACUUAAUGAAGCAACUUCUGACACUACACAGUCAUCUGAAAUCCCUCAGAUAUCAGAUUCUGCAAUUUCUGAAGAAACGCUGUACAUUUGUAAACAGCUGAUGGCAUCUUUGAAGAAAAUUGCUGAUGCUUCUGAAUGUUCAGCUAUGUCUAAUGAAUUAUGUUCAAAUUCUGAAGAUCAUUCUGCUAAGCAGUACAUAACUGAUCAGAUUGUUUCUCUCAUGCAGACAGUCAGUGCUAGUCAUAACAACUCUCCAUUGCUUAGGAGGUUAAGUUCAAAUCCUUCACCUGUACUAAAUGUAGACAGUGAUGUAAGUCAUGAUUGUUCAGAUUCUGAUAGUCCACCUCCUAAUGAUGAAAAGCAAGAACGUUCAAAAAGUAAAACGCCUUCUGAAUCAGGUUCAGAAACAACAAUAUCUGCAAGCAUAAGCAUCCCAAGUUAUGAUGAUUCUGAUCGUACACCGACAGAAUCCGAGAUAUCCCAUGAAAUGGAUGAACUCUAUGCUUUGCUUGAAAGCAAUAGCACAUCUCAAGAUGUAAUAGCAUCUAAGUUUUCCUAUGAUUUAGAUACACACGGUUUAGAUAAAAACUUAAGAAAUAUUGAUUCUCCUUUAAGUGAAGAUGAUGGAAAUUUUACUUUCACUGAAUCUUGUGAUAAUAAUUCAGAUAUUUCUUGUCAGGAGUCAUCAUUAUUAUCAGGAGUUGCUAGUAAACUGGAGAGUCUUUUGCCUAUUAGCAUAGAAGAGAGAAUAGCUAGGUAUAAAGAUGCUUUUUUUAAUAAAGCAGUAAACGAUAAAGAAAGUGAGUGCAAAAGCAGCGAAACUAGAAUUAAUGUUAUCCUACCACAGCCCUCUGUAUCUGAAAUGAAAAGCUUUGAAGUACCUUUUUGUAAUAAUUCAAAUUUAUCAACACAUUUUAGCCCAGUGUUAAAUUUACAGAAAGGGGAAAGAUCAUUUGGUGAUAGCUUUGAUAACAUUAUGUCAUGUAGUUCCCACACAGAUAAAGGUGAAGAUAGUUAUAAUAUAACUUCAGUCAAAAUAAUUUCUCAUAAUACAUAUCCCCUUUCCUCUGCUAUUCAUAAAAUUUUAAGUAAUAACAUAGAUUCAAGAUAUCUAGAGCAAAAAUUAGACUACCAGAUAGUUAAUGUACUGGAUACUUCAGCUAACACAUCAACUAUUUCUGUGGAAGAAAUGGAUAAUUCUAAUCCAAAUAUUGUUUCUAGUGAAGCUGAAGAAUCACUAAAAGAUGACGAAUCAACUAUAAUUGCCCCAUUACCUAAAGUAAUGAAUCCCAAAGAAAAAGCAUCAAGUGAGAAUGAUCUCUUAGUUGCUAAUUACAGAGCUAAAAGCAAAAACAAUAAAGUGUUUGGUACUAAAUCUGUUGGCAAUAUAUCAGAUUUAGAAAAUAUUAGCAAUAAAAGUGCAUUUCGUGAUACUGGUUAUUAUUCUUUUAAAUCUUCUGAAGAAAGCUUUCUCAGUUUAGAUGAUUCAACUGCCAGCCAAACUUCAACUGCCUCACUGACGCAGUAUCGGUCUUUGACCUCAACUGAAACUAUUCCUGAAGAGGAAGAGUCAUGUGCCAAAGGUGCAGCUUCAACAAAAAUGUCAUUGAGUUCUAGUAAUAUACCUGAUGCUGUAUGUGACACAACUUCAUCAAAAUCCAGCACUUUACCACUCAGUUUACGCAGUAAACUGUCUGUUACUCCAGGUGGAAACCAUCGAACUCGGUCAUCAUUUUUUUCUACCUCAGGUGUGCUCAGAAAACUCACUCUACUUAGAGAUGAGAGUGGGAACUCUCUACGCUCAUCUCCACAUGGUAGAUUACGCAUAAGAAAUCGUUCAUUAUCAGGAGGAAGUGAAGAUGGUAAGCAAAGGAAAGCAUCAGUACCCCAGAUUUCAGUCUCAGAAUGUCCUGAGAAUCAUAUUGGGCGACUAAGUGCUGCUAGUUCUGAAAAGGAUAGUUCUGGGGUUCAUGAUGAUGAUCUUGAUCAGACAUUUGCAUAUCAUUGUAGAAGUCAGAUGUCAUUAUCCUCGUUUGGAGGUAGAAGUGGGAGUGUUACAAGUGUGUAUAGUGCUGCUGGUGGAGGCCGUUAUGGUACUGUAACUGUAACAGGAGAAGUUUUAUUUGGAUUAAAUUACAAUUAUAAAACAGGAACUCUUGAAAUCAAUGUAAAAGAAUGCCGUAAUUUAGCUGCAGUUGACACAAAAAAGAAUCGCUCUGAUCCUUAUGUUAAAGUUUAUUUGCUUCCUGAUCGCACAAAAAGUGGCAAGAGGAAAACAAAAGUUAAAAAACACACCUUGAAUCCUGUAUUUGAUGAACAUGAACUGUUAAAAUUCAAUGUAACUGUCAGCGAGUUGGAGAUAAGAACACUUUGGUUGUCAGUAUGGCACAGUGAUAGAUUUGGACGUAAUGAUUUCCUUGGUGAAGUAAUGUUACCUUUAGGUAGUGAGAUGUUUGAAAAUAGCGAUUUGAAGUGGUAUCCACUGCAAGAAAGGGUGGAAACUUUAGAUACGCCUGUCAGCUAUAAAGGGGACUUAAUAUUGGCCUUAAAGUAUGUUCCUCCAGAUGUAACUAGUCGAAAAUUCUCUAAAAAACCUGGGGUUCCAGCAAAAGGUGCAUUAGAAGUUCUUGUAAGAGAAGCAAGAAACUUAAUGGCAACUCGUUCUAAUGGGACAUCUGAUCCAUUUUGUAAGAGCUACUUGUUGCCUGACAAAAGUAAGGCUGGUAAACAAAAAACUCCAGUUUUCAAAAAAUCUUGCAAUCCAAAAUGGAAUCACACAUUCAUAUAUGAUGAAGUAUCUCUUGAUGAUUUACGAGAACGCUGCUUGGAACUAACAAUUUGGGAUUAUGAUAAAAUUACAAGCAAUGAUUUUCUUGGUGGUGUGAGAUUGUGUCUUGGAACAGGAAAAUAUCAAGGCAGGGAUGUUGAUUGGAUGGAUUCAGUUGGAGAAGAGCGGUCCUUGUGGUACACUAUGUUAGAACGGCCAAAUACAUGGGUAGAUGGGUCUCUCCUCUUAAGAUCAACCAUGCAGAGUCGACGGACAGUUUAAGCUCUCUGUUUUAGAUUUAUGAUUCUUCCUUUUUCUUCUGAUUCAUAUGUGUGGUUAAUAUUUAGAGUUUCAAUAUUUUUAUAAAAUGUUAAAUGUUGUGAUUAUCAGCAAUUUGAUUUAAAUAAUUCAAAAAUAAUAUUGUGAGUAUUAAAUAAUGCAAAGAAAGAAUAUUUAACAGAAAUUAUUGUUGCUUUCUCCCUUUUCACCAUAUUCUGUGAUUUCUUUUGGCAUGCCUCAGUUUUGAGGCUAAGAUUUUAUUUGUAUACAUGACGUUAUCUAAACAUUCACCUAUUGCACACUAUUGCUCUUGAGUUUUUUUUUUUUUAAAUUUGUGUGUGUGUUCAGCAAGAUGAUAGAAAUGAACAAAAAUAUCAGUUUCUCUGAAAUACUUUGGCACCAAUAAUGCAUACUAUGCCAAAAAUAAAAGGAUUGAGAACGUAUAAUGCUAGUUUUUUAUAAGAGAAAGCAGUUAUGUUCUGGAAUUGUGUUGUAUCUAUAACAGAUAAUCAAAUUAAAAUUAUGAAUUUUAUACACAUUUACACCGUAAAUGUCUGAUUAAAUGUUGAAUUACAUAGCUACCUUUUCGACAACUAUGGUCACAUAAGAAUUUUGAAAUGAUUUUGAUCUGUACAAAAAAUGUAUUAAACGAGAAAAUAAUGUAGCUAAACACACUUGUUAGCAUAGUUUAGGCAUGUAUCACAAUCAAGUGAUGUGAAACAAAAAUGAAAAGAAACGAUAAACUUUGUUAUAAAAAUGUAUUUCUGGAAUUUAUGUAGCUAUCAAUCUUUCUACUGUUUUUAUUAUUACUAGUUGUAUCAUUAUAAUAUUGCUAAUAAUUUUUAUGCCAAUUAAUUAUCUUUGCCUAAUAUUUUUUUUUUCAUCUGGUAUUGAGUGAUAGAAUAUGAAGAAAUAUUUGAUGUGAAACAGAUAUCUCAGAAAUGCAUGUGAAAACUUUGUUUUAUUUACAAAUUAAUUUAAUUUAAAUGGUGAAAUUCUGGUGCAAGACAUGGGUCAACAUAAUUUAAACUGAAGUUGAAGUGCUGUUACAUAGAAGUACGUAUAAAUUUAUAAAAUUUUAGUGUGGGCUGCUAAUCAAACAUUUACGGUGCUUGUAAUAAAUUAAUCGACUAAAUACUCAACAGAUCCCAAAAAUUAUUUUUUUGACCUGCUAGUCAUGUUUGGUUUUGUCUCUGUAUUGUUUAUAUUGAUUAAAAAGUGUUUCAUCUUUUUCCCUCCCCAUGUAAUACUUGCUUUAGAGUAACUUGUGGAGAUGUUGCAACAUAAAAAUGCAGUUUGACUGUCCAAUAUUUCAGUUAAUUACUUGCUUCAGGCAAUAUUUAUAUCCACAUUUUAAAUACUUAUUUUUAAUGUAUAUAUUUUGCUAAGAUUGAGUUUUAUUUUCUGUUUCCUCUUUCAAUUAGAAAACAUCACAAUGGUUGUUUCUUUUUGGAAUUGGAAAUAACUUUUUUAUUCGCAUUGUCAUUAGACAAGUUCUUUAAUAUUUCUCAAGUGAGAAAGCAUUUAUAUAUAACAAUAUGAAAGUUUCUAUAAUAAAAAUAUGGUGCUGCCUCUUAUGUUUGUAUUAUUUUUAAAUAAAUUCCAGCAGCUUAUUUUGUUUUACACCAUUCAGGUAAUUAUUUUUUCUUCCUGUUUCAUGCUGUAAAGUUCAUUUAUAAUUAAGUGUAAAAUGUGUUUAUAGUGGAAUAUUUAUUUCACUUAUAUAUUAAUUUGUUUCAUUAAAUGUCGAAAACAUGUAUUAUUGAGAGUUUUGAUAUGUAUAUGAUUUGUAGUAUUUAUUUCUUUAACUUCAUUACUAAAAUUGUAUGUAUUUAUAAGCAAUGCAGAUUGUUUUGUUUUAUGAAGCAUAAUAUAGCCAAGAAGUUACAGCUUUUGCAUUUUGCUUGAUAUUUUUCAGGGGAGAGAAUAUAUUCAUUAUUUUCAUAAUGUGCACAUCUUUAAUAUGCUGCAGGCAGCAUUUAAAUUAAAUUAAUCCAUAUUCAUGUGCGUUUUUAAAUUCCACAAUUUCAAUAUUUUCAAUUCAAAUUUUAACUGUGAAAUUCCUUGUAUUGAAGUCAAAUUAUUGUCGAAGGUUUUACAUAUUUAUUAUACAGCUUAUUUAGACAAAAUUUACAGCUUCAAGGAAAAUAGCCCAGCUGUUUCCUUACAGUUAUUUUACAGUAGAGAAAAUGUUGAGCUGUGUUUUUUUUUUACUAGAAAGAAAAGUGGAAUUCUGAAUUCUAAAGAUCUGUAAAUAUAAUUCAACCUGUUUCAUACAAAUUUUAGAAAUGCUAUGUUUUGAUUGCUUUAACAGUUUUCAAAGCUGCAUAUUUUUAUAACUGAACGGUAAGGAUCAAAUUGGUGAAUUAUCGAUGUACAGCUGCUUAUGUACAAAAAGGCCAUAUAUGCAGCAAAAACACAGCAGUGUUGGUGAAUAAUAAAUACCUUUUGCUGUUUCUGUCUAUGUUCCUAUCUCAUUUACAUGAGCUUUUCUCUCUAAUGAUCUCAUAAUUGUAGUAUCAUAAUACAUAUAUAUAUAAACGCACAUACACUUAUAUAUAUAUGUAUAUAUAAUUUUACAUAUGAUUUAUUGAUGUUUAUAAGGUUCUUGCUUAUACUUGUCAUAUUUUUGUUUAUUUUUAAUCAUGUACAGCUUCAAGAACCUAUAAAAAUAUAGAUAUGCUUGCAAAAUACGUGGCUGCUUGGGCAUUUUGACAAUUUUUGUUAUUUUUUUUUAAUUCCUGUGUUUUAUUACCAUAAUAAAAUUUAAAUUAUUGAAAACCAGGAAUAAAGUAUGUCCUUUUAUACCAGCUUUUGUCCUAUGUGUAAUUGUGAAUUUCAAAAUUGCUUAUUUUGAUCAUUUUUAUAGCUUGUGAGAUGCCUGUAUUGUGUUGAAUAUGACUUUUUUUAACUAUGCAUGCAGCUGAAACAACCAUAUCUUAUUUCAUAGAUAUGUGGCAUCUAAAUCAUAUAUGGUGAACCAUUAAUUGUAUUAAAUUUGUAAUUUUAGGAAAGUUUAUGUACCCCUAAUUUUGACUGUCACAGAAUUGCUACUUGAAAUACAACAUAGCUGUGCACCUGUGUUUUUAAUAUUAUGAAAUAUUCUGUAGAUGAAUUAAAAUUUAUUUUGCAAAAACUUUUGUUUUAAACUUAGGGAAUUUCUUGACUGGUUCAGUGUUUUUCACAUGUAAAAGAUAUUAUAAUCAGAAUUUGUGCUUUUUAAUAAUCGUUAGUUGUAACAGAAAAUAUCUGGUGAUUUUCAGACUUUCUGAAAUGUAAACAAACUGUGAAUUUCCACCCUUCAGCUAAAAAAAAAAGUCUUUGUUAUACUGAACAUACUUAUUUAACUGCAUCUUUUACUGAAACACAGCUGUAAUGUAUAACAUGAAAAUGAGUGUUUUAUUUAUGUUGAAAGAAUAUAUUUUCAAAACAA